UGUGUUCUAAUAACUGUGUUCCUCUGACUGUGCUUUUUUGACCGUGUUCUACUAAUUGGGUUCUGCUCGGUGUUUUUCUGAGUGAGUUUUUCUGACUGUGCUAUAGUAACUGUGCUCUUCUAUCUGUGGUCUUCUAACUGAGCUCUUCUGAGUUUCUUUAAUUGUGCUCUCCGAUAUUCUGUCUUCUGAGUUCUUCUAACUGUUGCUCCAGCUGUGUUCUACUAACUGUGUUCUUCUAACUGUGUAAUUAGUCUAACUAGUUUAAUUGGGUUCUUCUGACUGCGUUUUGUUUAUGUAAAUUCCACACACAUUUUACAGGCAGAUCUUCAGGAGGAUCAGAUGAGUCAAGGAAAGUGAGUUGAGUCACUCGAUGCGCUGGACGUGUGGUAGAUGAUGGAUGAUGGACAGAUCUGCUCUUUAUAAUGUUUUUAAUUAUGUAACUAUUAAACAGUGAAGCGUCAUUUAUCACCUGCUGCUCUUAUCUGCACAGUCCAGCCUUCAGCUCCGGAACAUCUCCUUCCUUCUCCAAGGUCCAGCAGAAAGCUAGAACACACACACACACACACACACAGGUAUAUAAACACACACCUGACCCACCCCGGACUCAGGCGUCUCCUGUGCAGCGAGCAGCAUGAAUCUGAAGGUACUGGUGACUCUGGCUGUGGUUCUGAUGGUGGGAGACGGAGAGUCCGGAGGAGACGAGACGCGGCUGAAGCUCUGCGGCCGAGAGUUUAUCCGGAUGGUCGUUACGUCCUGCGGGAGUUCCAGACUCCGACGCUCCGCACCCGAACCCAACACCAUCAGGCAGAUGUUUGGUGAGGAUGACGGAUCUUCAGUGGAGAACCGAACCGCAGGAACCCGAACGCCGCGGAACGCCGGGCCGGCUGGAGUUUGCUGUCGGUCUGGCUGCACCAUGAGCGAACUGGUUCAAUACUGCUAACAUUAACUCACCACACACACUCCUCUCCUAAAGUGUGUGUGUGUGUGUGUGAGAGUGUGAGUGUGUGAGUGUGUGUGUGUGUGUGUGAGAGUGUGAGUGUGUGUGAGUGUGUGUGUGAGUGUGUGUGUGUGUGUGUGUGUGUGUAUAGUGUGUGUGUGUGUAUGGGCAGUGUGUGUAUUAUUAAUUGUCUUAAAUAAUAGAAAAUUAAAAGUAUUAUUUAUUUCAGUCUGAUUUCUUUUGAUGUUAAUUAAUUGUGAAUGAUAUUAAAGUGAUCAGUCUCUCAUCCUGUAAUCGAGAUUCGUUAAUAUUAAUUAAUUAAUUAAUUACUGCAGUAACCAGAGGAAACAAUGAAGGAGGCGGAGCUUAAAUCUUUCUGUGAAAAUAAAUAAAUACAUUUUAAAUAGAGAAA